AUGGCGUCAAACGUAAAUACAGCACGUGCACUUUUUGAUUUUGUUGGCGAAAAUCCGAAUGAACUUAGUUUCAAUCAAAAUGAGAUUCUUAUAAUAACAACAGUUUCAAACGAAACUCCGUGGUGGUCCGCUCAAAAUUCUCUUGGACAAACAGGUUUAAUACCUUCAAACUACGUAGAACUAAUCCAUGAUGAACCAGAAUUAACACAACCAAAUACACAGUAUGAUUAUGGUCCAACAGAGGACGAUGGUCUUUAUCCUGAGUUAAUACCACAAGCAAGUCAUCCACCCGAGCCCGAACCCGAACCCGAACCCGAACAGCUACAACUCCAAUUUUCGAAUUUUACUCCAAUUAAUGACUGGAUCACUCCCACACAGCCACAAGCACAAGAGGAAACAUUGCAGCCGUAUGACGAUCAAAUACGUCCAGAUAGCUCUUUCGAUUCAUCUCCAUCGUCAAUGAAAAGAAAUGAUUAUGUGUCAGCUUUUGAACCGGUAUCAUCUUCAGCAAAUAAUACAUAUAUUACAGGGAUGGACAGUACAGUACCACAAAAUUCUGCUCCACAGACAAUGAAUGAUUCUUUCCAACAAAAUUAUUUGAUGCCUUCUCAACCAGAUACAUGGGCUUUCGAUUCUUAUGAUACAUCGGUACCAAAUGUAUCAUCGAAUUUUCCAUUUGGAUAUCCUCAAACAACAACUACGGAAAGAAAACAAGAACAACAAAUAUCAUCACUCGACAACAUGUUUUAUCCACCGCCAGAAGUACAAAAAUCUGAUAACGUAUAUGGCUUAGUAUCCCCAACAAUGGUUUCUUAUCAAUCUCGAACAACAAUACCAGAUCCCAUAACUAAUACAUCAUCAAUGCCAGUAGAAAAUCAUAAUACCAAUAAUGUUUUUGCAAAUAAACCGUUAUCAGAAGCAAAAUCUGAAGAGCUUCUACCACAAAAACCGUCUAAGAACGGUGCAGAGAAAAAAAAAUUCUUUACAUUGGGACGCAAAAAAGGAAAACCUGAACUGGAAAAAAGACUCUCAAUCAGUGGAGGAACUUCAGAACUAUCACAACAAACAACAGACGCGAAUUGGUCUCACUCUUUAACUCCAACAACAGCACAAAACAAUACAUUAACGAAUGCCGAAAUCGAUACUAAAGGAGCUGCUGCUGCUGCUGCUGCAAAAGCAAGAUUUUUUGAUAAACAUGGUAUAGAUAAUUAUUUAUUACGUGGGUGUAAAACUAAAUCAGAUGAACAAGUUCAAAUAAAUUUUGGUGAAAGAGAAGGUGGUGUUCAUUGGAUAUACAAUGCUACUAUGCCACCAUUUACGUGUAAAAUUGAAGAACCAUCAAAAGGAACAAAACUAGCUGGAGCAAAAUCUUUUAUGGAGUAUAAAAUUCAUACGGAAAUAUCCGGAAAUCGAUUUGUCGCACGACGUUAUAAACACUUCGAUUGGUUUCAUACGCAACUUACUAAUAAAUUUCGUUUCAUUUGUAUUCCACCGUUGCCUGGAAAACAAAUCACAGGACGAUUUGAACAAGAGUUUGUUGCUGAACGUCGACGACAACUUGAGAUGUGGCUUAAUCGCAUUUGUCGUCAUCCAGUACUAUCUGCUUCGUUUGCUGUACAACAUUUUGUUUCUUGUGAACGCACUGAAGCGAAUGAUAGAGAGUGGAAAGCAGGGAAAAGAAAGAUCGAAAAAGAUGAAUCAAAAGAUGCAUUAUGGCUUAAUUGUGUUAGUUUUCUGAAUUCAAAUUUAUCCGAUGCAGAAAUUCAACUUCAUAUCGAUGAAUUUGCUCAACAUCAGCCAAGUCUCGAAACACAAAUACGAAAUCUUGGUCAAGGCUUAAUGAAAUAUCUUGAAAGACAUACUGAAAUUUACGAACGAGAUAUUCAGCGUAUUGGUGAAUUAUUUGCUAAAUUUCAGAAAGUUCUACAAAUAGAUACAACUACACCUGGUAAUCAAGAACUUUCAGAUUCAACGCUGAAAGUCAGUAAUGCAUAUAAUUCAAUAGCUGACCUAUACAAAACAAAAGCUAGUGAAGGUAUUCGAGAUUUCAAUGAACGUGUCCAAGAAUACAUUGGAAUUUUGGCUUGUUUUCCAUUGAUAUUGCAUAUGCAAAAGAGUUCAUUUGAAUUCAUGCGUAGUUUACAACAACGUCCUCCAGCCGAUUUCAAUAUUAUAUUGCAUCGAAGUCAAGUUCUUAAUCAUGUUGUUUUAGCAGAAAUAAAUUUCUUUCAAAAGGAAAAAGUCAAAGAUUUGAAUUUAUAUAUGCAAACAUUGAUGAAUGAACAAAUUCAAUUUUAUGAAAAAAUCACAUCAGAAUUAAAAGAUGCAGCAGUAACAUUUCAUUAA